CAGUGCAGCUAAAAAGAACAGAUCUUACGAUCGACCGAAUCGACUGACGUGGUGAGUCGAGAAUGCAUGUGCGGCGAAUUCAGUGGCCACAUCGACGAACAUCAGUUUUGCACGAAUGGCCUGUGUGGCCUGUGGACAUUGAACGACAUUGAAGUCGCGGAACAGCGCGACGACGCUUUUAUAGCUUUGUAUCCGAUUAUUUUAGACGAAAAACGGCGAUAAAAUCCUAAUAACAUGGUUUUGUUUACGAUAAUCGCAAGAGUAGCGGAUGGCCUGCCACUGGCAGCUACCAUGCAGGACAACGAGCAGGAUGGUAAGAAUAUUGUAGAAUAUCAGAAUCAAGCAAAGAUGUUAUUUAGAAAACUAGGUCCGCAAUCUCCAUCGAGAUGUACCCUGGAAACUGGACCUUAUCUUUUUCACUAUUUAAUUGAAAAUGAAGUAUGUUAUCUUGUAUUGUGUGAAAGGAAUUAUAGUACACGCAUAGCUUAUAGUUAUUUGGAAGAUAUUGCACAGGAAUUUCAUGCUCAGUACGGCAAACGUGUAAAUACAGUAACCAGGCCUUACACCUUUAUUGAAUUUGAUACAUAUAUUCAGAAAGCCAAGAAAAUCUUUUCAGAUAGUAGAUCUCGCAGAAAUUUGAAUACACUUAACAGUCAAUUGCAAGAUGUGCAAAGAAUCAUGGUACAAAAUAUUGAUGAUGUUUUACAAAGAGGCACUGUACUCUCAGAAUUGGAUACAAAGACGCAAAAUUUAUCCAUGCUAUCACAAAAGUACAAGAAAGACGCGAGACAUCUAAACAGCAAAUCGAUGUAUGUAAAAGCUGUUGCUGGCCUUGUUGCAUUUUUGGUCUUCCUGUUGUAUUUCUUUAUUCUUUAGUUAAAUAUAACAUAAGCAAAAAAGAACAAAUCAAUAUGUAUAAAAAAUUCCAUUUCC